AGAAUAAGAAAGGAGUACUUGCUUUCCUAGGGUGUGCUAUUUGAGAAAGAAAGUAACCUAACACUAACUGCAGGCGGGGUCAGAGUGAUGUAACAGGAAGCUCUGAUGUUUCCCUUCUACUGCUGAUCUCUUACAAUCUGACAACACUUCCAAUCUACUCAGAACAACUCCUCUCUCCCCAGCAGAGUGUCACCUUCUGCUUUAGGAUCAUCAAGCUCUGCUAACUGGAUCUCACUCACUCUGCCUGCAGGAUCACAUUGCAAGGCUUUCACUCUUCCCCACCUUGCCUAGGGGGAAUCUCUUCCACGGACUCUCAGAAAAUCUAAUUCCAUCCUAAGACUAUUUCACCAAGAAUUCCUUUAGGAGCUGUGCUGGGGUCCUACGAUGACACACCAACCACUUGUGCUGCCACCUGUCAAAUCUUUGGAUGGUCCUACUUUCAGGUCAUGACCUCUGGAUUUAAGAAAUUCUUCAAGACAAUGUCAAACAUGACCCAAGAGAAAAUGUGAUUUGAGUCUGGAGACAAUAGCGCAUGUCACUUAAGAAAAACUCAGUAUACCUGAUAGAAGAGAAAACGUAAUUCAGAAGUUUGUACAAUUGAAAAAAACAAGUUGCUUCUAGUUUGAUUUAUAUUAUACAGAAAAUUUCAUUUUGGCUUUAAUGAUGGAGAAAAAGUGUAUCUUGUAUUUUCUGUUUCUCUCGCCUAUUUUUAUGAUUCUUGUCAUAGCUGAAUCAGAAGAGACUCAAGUGAAGCAAGAGAACUUAAUUCAAUUGGGUGUUACUAAAAAUAAAAUCAUGACAGCUCAAUAUGAAUGUUACCAAAAAAUUAUGCAGGACCCCAUUCAACAAACAGAAGGUCUUUACUGCAACAGAACCUGGGAUGGAUGGUUGUGCUGGAAUGAUGUUGCGGCAGGAACUGAAUCAAUGCAGCUCUGUCCUGAUUACUUUCAGGACUUUGACCCUUCAGAAAAAGUUACAAAGAUUUGUGACCCAGAUGGAAACUGGUUCAGACAUCCAGCAAGCAACAGAACAUGGACGAAUUACACCCAGUGUAAUCUUAACACGCAUGAGAAAGUUAAGACUGCAAUGAACUUGUUUUACCUGACUAUAAUUGGACAUGGAUUAUCUAUUGCAUCACUGCUUAUCUCGCUUGGCAUAUUCUUUUAUUUCAAGAGCCUAAGUUGCCAAAGGAUUACCUUGCACAAAAAUCUGUUCUUCUCUUUUGUCUGUAACUCUAUUGUCACGAUCAUCCACCUCACUGCAGUAGCCAACAACCAGGCCUUAGUGGCUACAAAUCCUGUGAGUUGUAAAGUGUCCCAGUUCAUUCAUCUUUACCUGAUGGGCUGUAAUUACUUUUGGAUGCUCUGUGAAGGCAUUCACCUACACACACUCAUUGUGGUGGCCGUGUUUGCAGAGAAGCAGCGCUUGAUGUGGUAUUAUUUUCUUGGCUGGGGAUUUCCCCUGGUUCCUGCUUGUAUACAUGCUGUUGCCAGAAGUUUAUAUUACAACGACAACUGCUGGAUCAGUUCUGAUACCCAUCUCCUUUACAUUAUCCAUGGCCCGAUUUGUGCUGCUUUACUGGUUAAUCUCUUUUUCCUAUUAAAUAUUGUACGUGUUCUCAUCACCAAGUUAAAAGUUACUCACCAAGCAGAAUCCCAUCUCUACAUGAAAGCUGUGAGAGCUACGCUUAUCCUGGUGCCACUGCUUGGCAUUGAGUUUGUGCUGCUACCAUGGCGACCCGAGGGAAGGACUGCUGAAGAGAUAUAUGACUACACCAUGCACAUCCUUAUGCACUAUCAGGGUCUUUUAGUCGCUACAAUUUUCUGCUUCUUUAAUGGAGAGGUUCAAGCAAUUCUGAGAAGAAACUGGAAUCAAUACAAAAUCCAAUUUGGAAACAGUUUUUCCCACUCAGAGGCUCUCCGUAGUGCAUCUUACACAGUGUCAACAAUCAGUGAUAGUCAAGGUUACAGUCAUGACUGCCCUAGCGAACAUUUAAAUGGAAAAAGCAUCCAAGAUAUUGAAAAUAUUGUUUUAAAACCAGAAAAGUUAUAUGCUUGAUAAUGGAGGGAUCAGUGUUUAACUGUUUUGUACCACUCCUAGCUCAAGGACUUGGUUCCAUGACUUUGUAGACAGAAGACUUCAAUAUUAAAUGAAUUUUUUGAAUGCCACAAAGAAAACUCUCACAUGAAUUCAGUCCUGUGCUGGUAAAUGUUUAACAACUAACUCUAUAAGGGUAAAACCAACAACAACAGCAACCCUAAUUUGUAGCAUUUGCCAGUUUCCAUGUUGUAAAUACUCCCACUGUGGCCAAUUCAAGCUACCAACUUGACCUCACUGAAGGUGGAAUUGAGAAGAGAUGAACACAGUUAACGCUUGUGAGCUGGUGUGAGCCAGCUCCAGCACACCACUGAAUGAAUUCAUAAAUGAGUAAGACUGCGAAAGCUCAUUACACAGAUUGGGCAUGAUUCUACUCAUGCUGUCUAAAGAGACCACGCCUGUAGACAUGGAGAGAAAAUUAGCUUUAAAACAAACAAAAACUUCAUCCCAUAUUCAUUUUUUGCCCAGAAGGUAUUCUAACCCUUUUUACCAUUACGCUCUCAAAUGGAACAAAUAAAGAGUCCUGCUGGUUUGCCCUAUUCUCCCCAAGAAAAAUAACUGAGCAGAAUUGCUGUGGGCUACUCAUUUGCUGACACAUCACAGUUAUACCCUAUGUCAUAUUUGCCUUUGAGACUUGGUGAUCAGGAUGCAUGAGAUGCAAUCCUACUUCUUUAUCAUUAGGAAGACAUCUUGGUCAAUACUACAAAACCCCUUCUCAGCUACUUUCCUGUUUUACUACACAGGUGGGAGGGAAUUAGUUUUCCUGUAUCUGUAAAUAGAAACUUUGUCCCUUCCAUUUCUACUGUGUAAACAUAUUAGCAAUCAUUUUAUAUGAAGGGAAUCAAUGAAGAAUUUAUUUUCUUGGGAGUUUGUAAAAACGUUCUGAAAAUAAGCUUGUAAAUACUGUACUCUGUUAUUCUAUUUUCGAGUCUCAAAUAUAUACAACCUACAUUAAGUAUUUUUUUAAAAGUAAAUGCAUAAUGCAACAAUGUAUGCAUGUCAAUGUCUGAUACUGUGUCUGGGCUGAUUUUAUAAUAAAAUAGGGUCUGGAAUUCUAUCUUUGGUAAAUAUUUUAGACAACCAGAAGCCAGCAUCAGAAGUGAGAUCUAAGAGAACAGAAACAUCUAUGAUAAGAUAUAAAAUAUUUAUUUAAAAAACUCAAGACCAUUGUUUUAUUAAAUAUAUUAACCUUGAUGAUUCACACUUUAAUAAUAGGUGUGGUUGACAUAUUUUUCCUGUUAUUUUGACGGGGAACUUACAUUCUAAUCCAGAAAAGGUAAACAACUCCUAUUGUAAUAAAUGCUAAUUUGCUACUCUUAUGGAUUUAACCCCAUUAAAAAUAUUACUUUACUGACUUAAUAUAUAAAGAAAUAUUGUUUUAGAAAUGUUCCCAUUUAAUUUAAGAAAAAAAGAGAAACACUAUGUAUCAAUUUACAAUGUUCGGGGUUUUUUUUGAAAAAUGGAAUAUUUUAAUAGAACUUAUGUAUAUGAUAAUACAAAUCAGUGAAGGACUUGAAUAUGUUAUUGAGGAAGAAUUGGUAUAGGAGGAGAAGUCAUUGUAUGUGUUUUUGAACUGUAUCACUCUGUUAAAAUGGAUUAAUGACUUAGUCAUCGUAGGUUGUUUUCUAAGCACACAAUAGAGGUGAGUUCAGAUGUUAUUUCAAAUUGUCCAGGAUAAUUAUCUAAAUCAGUAAGAAUUAACAUAUUUUUUAAUGGCCUG